AGAUGACAUGCAGUUGAUUAGAAAGUCAAGUUCAGUGGGUGCAGACCUUCAAGACCAUAUUCUUCCUCCUGCAGAUGAUGUAUCGAGCAGUAGGAUUUGGCACCCGGAGCAGAAGUUUAAAACCAUGGAUGAUUGCCCUUCUCAUUGUGUUACUACUGACAGUGGUGGCAGUGACCAUCGGUCUCCUGGCUCACUUGUUAGCCUCUGGACAGAAAAUGGAGUAUUAUCAUGGCACAUUUAAAAUUUCAGAUCUACAAGUCAGUAGUAAUUCUGGACAAAACAACAUAUACCACCUUAAGGACUUAAGGGAGAUGAGUGAGAAUUUGGUGGAUGAGAUAUUUAUAGAUUCGGCCUUGAACAAGCAUUAUAUCAAGAACCGAGUAGUCAGACUGACUCCAAAGGAAGAUGGUGUGAAAGUAGAUAUCAUUAUGGUAUUCCAGUUCCCUUCUUCUGAGCAAAAGGCCUUGAUAAAGGAAAAAAUCCAUAGCAUCUUAAAUCAGAAGAUAAGGAACACAAGAGCCUUGUCAAUAAAUGCCUCUUCAGUUCAAGUUAAUGCAAUGAGUUCAGCAACAGGAGAGCUAACUGUCCAAGCAUGUUGUGGUAAACGAGACGUUCCAUUAAUUGUCAACAGAAUAAUGUCUGGAGACAUUGCAGCCAAGGCUGCCUGGCCAUGGCAAGCUUCCCUUCAGCGAAAUAACAUACAUCAGUGUGGGGCCACCUUGAUUAGUAAUACGUGGCUCAUCACCGCAGCACAUUGCUUUAAGAAUAAUGCAAAUCCACGUCAAUGGACUGUUAGCUUUGGAACAACAAUCAACCCUCCGUUAAUGAAAAGAAAUAUCAGGAGAAUUAUUGUCCAUGAGAGAUAUCAUGCCCCAGCAAGAGAGUACGACAUCGCUGUUGUACAGUUCUCUCCCCAGGUCACCUUUACUGAGAACAUCCGCCGGGUUUGUUUGCCAGAAGCCUCUGCAUUCUUCCAACCAAAUUCAACUGUUUAUAUCACAGGAUUUGGAGCACUUUUCUAUGGGGGGGAAUCCCAAAAUAAUCUUCGAGAAGCCAGACUGAAAAUCAUAAGUGAUGACGUGUGCAAACAACCACAUGUAUAUGGCCAUGAUAUAAAAUUUGGAAUGUUCUGUGCUGGAUAUCUGGAAGGAAUUUAUGAUGCCUGCAGGGGUGAUUCUGGGGGUCCCUUAGUUAUAAAGGAUUUUAAAGACACCUGGUAUCUCAUUGGAAUCGUGAGCUGGGGAGAUAACUGUGGUCAAAAGAACAAACCUGGAGUUUACACAAAAGUUGUUUAUUACCGAAACUGGAUUACUUCAAAAACAGGCCUCUAA